CCUGCGGGCUGGCGGGAGGGGCGGGGCGACCCGGUUACCGCGGGACCCCCCCCCCCUUCCCCUGCCCCCGGCGGCGCGGUCAUGAAGCUGAAGCUGAAGAACGUGUUCCUCGCCUACUUUCUGGUGUCGAUCGCAGGCCUCCUCUACGCGCUGGUGCAGCUCGGCCAGCCGUGUGAUUGCCUUCCACCCCUGCGGGCAGCAGCUGAGCAGCUCCGACUGAAGGAUCUGAGGAUUUCCCAGCUGCAAGCAGAUCUCCACCGCCCACCCCCUGCCCCAGCCCAGCCCCCUGAACCCGAAGCCCUGCCUACUAUCUAUGUCAUUACCCCCACUUAUGCCAGGCUGGUACAGAAGGCAGAGCUGGUUCGACUAUCCCAGACCCUGAGCCUGGUGCCCCGGCUACACUGGCUGCUGGUGGAGGAUGCUGAGGGCCCUACCCCGCUGGUCUCGCGGCUGCUCGCUGCUUCUGGUCUCCUCUUCACACACCUGGCUGUCCUUACCCCAAAGGCUCAGCGGCUCCGGGAAGGCGAGCCAGGCUGGGUCCGGCCCCGAGGAGUAGAACAACGCAACAGGGCCCUGGAUUGGCUCCGGGGCCGAGGGGGUGCUGUUGGGGGAGAGAAGGACCCACCUCCACCAGGGACCCGGGGAGUCGUGUAUUUUGCUGAUGAUGACAACACCUAUAGCCGGGAGCUCUUUAAGGAGAUGCGCUGGACUCGGGGUGUCUCAGUGUGGCCCGUGGGGCUGGUAGGCGGCCUGCGAUUUGAGGGUCCUCAAGUACAGGAUGGCCGGGUUGUGGGUUUCCACACUGCUUGGGAGCCCAACAGGCCCUUCCCCCUGGACAUGGCUGGAUUUGCUGUUGCCCUACCCUUGCUGUUGGCUAAGCCCAAUGCCCAGUUUGAUGCUACUGCACCACGGGGCCAUCUGGAAAGUAGUCUCCUGAGUCAUCUUGUGGAUCCCAAGGACCUGGAGCCACGAGCUGCCAACUGCACUCAGGUACUGGUGUGGCACACACGGACAGAGAAGCCCAAGAUGAAGCAGGAGGAGCAGCUGCAGCGGCAGGGCCAGGGCUCAGAUCCAGCCAUUGAGGUGUGAUGGUGGCCUCCCCCCAACUUCCACCUUAUUUUAGGCACAGACUUUGUGGGACUGGGCUCCAGGCCAAUCCAGGAUGUGGUUUUCUAAGUCCUGACCCCUCAGAACCAGAGGCAGCCCCUCCAGCCACAGGGUGUGGCCCAGCUGCUUCUCUCCUCCCCCCAGCCUGCCAUGGGGCACUGCCCACAGGCUGGGGACAAGCAGUCGUUUGUAUUGAGCCAGGUUACCCCUGUAUGGGGUAGAGUAGGACAGACAACCCAAGAGGGAGUGGCUAAGGAAAUGGUAACUUACUGGGGACCAGCAUGCACUGGGGAGCUGGAGGAGCUGGGCUGGACCCUCCCCACCUGAGCAUGUGGACUCCCUUCCUACCUCCAGAAUAAAAAAAUCUCAACCAGGA